AUGGCAGGCAAAAUCAUGGACGAAGGCAUUGCGUCGGUCGGGGGUCACAACUACCAGGUGAGAAUGCUCACCGAGCCCGACGUCUUCACGAAGGACUCGGCCGAUCAGUUAUCGAUCCCAGGCUUCUUGGCGGUAGACAUCAUCAUCCAGAACAUGAGCGACGGCUGCUGGAAUGUGCUCAAAGUCAUCUACCUCGAAAGGUCGAUUUCCUCGGCUGCAGCUUUGUCAAUGUGCAGCGGGAAACCCUUCGUGCCGGUGUUCCGCAAUGGGCCCCAUGGUGUAAAGAAGGCUAUGCAGUGGGCAUUGGCAAGGGACACCUUGCACAAGUCAUCCUCCAACCUGUGGUCGCCGGAGAACGACGAGCUUGCCGAGGGCAUCCGCUACAUCAACACCUUCGCUCCAGACUGCGACGCUCUCAAUCAGCAGACCUAUUGGAUCCUGACGAACAUCAAGCCCGACUCCGGUACCCCCUUGGCAGGUUGGCCAGAAAUCAAAAUCAGGAACAUGUGCCAAAAUAAGUCUCGCGGUGUUUCCGGGUCCGUUCCCAUGACUGAGUUCCCGCUGACGACUUCCAGCCUUAACGUCGCCUUCGCGGAGUACAUUCUGCCGUUGGUGUAUCCCCUCCUCUUGAGUGCGGCCAUCAUCAUGGUCGGGAAUCCAGGAGUCGGCAAGACACCGGCCAUCAUCACCAUGGCCAUGGCCAUUGGACGCUACCACGUCCGACGCCUGGGUCUACACGGAGCAAAGCCUGGCUGGAGACGAGGGAAGUCUCUGGAUAACUUUACGCAGAGAUCACCACAGAUCCAGGAAGCACUCUUCUUGGACGACCCUUCAGGUCGACGUCUGGACAUGGCCGACCUGAAGUCUUUCGUCACGACCGAUGAGGACGGCACGGUCAGUGGCCGCUACAACGAUGCCUGA